AUGUUUGUUGAAGAUUAUUAUAGGAGACUCAUAAAAUAAUAAUGUAAACCAACUCCUAAGGAAAUCAAGACUGAUAGACCUUGGUACCCAAAAAGAGUAUCAAACGAAACCAAGAGGGAGGAAUAUAAGUUUUUUAUGCUUCCUCCAAAUAAAAUGGUUACUUUACUAAAAAAAAAUAAAUUGUCGGCUCCCAAUGAAAAGAUAAAAGAAUUUUUACAUAAUCACUCUUUGAGAAAAAUAGUAGAUUUUGGUGAAACUCUUCAAAGUACAUUAGAUAUGAAAGUACAAAGACCAUCGAUUUAAAUUCCAACUCCUAAAUAUAUUAAUGUGGGACGAUAAUUAUUUCCAGUUAAAAGAAGACCACUCUGUUUGCCUUCAACAAGAGUUAUUACUGAGCCAAGCAAGAAAUCAUCUUUAUAAUGCAAGAGUGUACAUAAAUCAAUUAGAUUAAAAUAAAGCGACCAUUAUUAGGAAGAAAUAUAUAGUAUAAUUACAAAACUUAAUUAUUCACCUUUGCAUGUAGAUACAUCAAACAUUUGUAAAAAAUAGAUCUAGCCUCUAAAAGUUGUUUAACCUCAAGCAUAUAUAAAACCUGAAAUUCCUAAAAGUGUAUUACCUUAUCCUCCAAGAACAAAAAAACAAUUAAGAUAAUUUCUGUUGAGGGCUUUAAAGAAAAUAAAAGCUUUGGGUCUUACAAUUAAAUAUGUUAUGGAACAUAAAAUAUUUUCAAAAAAACCAUAUGAAAAAAAAUAUUCAAAAGAAUUUAUACAUGCUGCAAAAUAGAAUAAAAUAGAAGAAAUUGAAAACUAUCUUUAAAUCAAUCCUUAUUUGGUAUUUGAAUAUGAUUUUUAUAACAUGACUGCAUUACAUUGGGCUUGUAAAAAAGGUUAUAUUUAGAUGGUUGAGAUUUUAUUGAAAUAUCAUUCAGAUAUUGAUGGAGUUGAUAUUUUAUAUCGUACUCCAUUAAUAUUAUCAAUUAAAGAAGAUCACUUAGAUGUUGCACAUAUUUUAUUGAUUAAUGGAGCCUAUCCUUGGAGUACUGCAAUAACAGAUUUGAAAAGUAUUCUAGAGGAAAAUGAACGUGCUAAGAUUCUACUUACAAGAGUUAGAAGGGUAAUUAAUUAAUUUUAUUAAUUCUAGUUAUAAAUUAUGGCUAAAUGGACUCAAUCAGGAGAAUAUUUGAAUCUAAUUUGA